CACAGAACUGCACACAUACACAACAGGGUGCGCGCCUGUGCCCGUCUCGCCUUCUCUCUCACACAGACACGCGGCCCUUCCCGAUUCUCAACUCUUGGAGCUGUCGGGGGGGGGAGGCAUUGUUAGGCUUGGAAAUGCCCCUGCAGCAGGCAAAACGAAGAUUGGAACUAGAAGAAAGUGGACAGCAAUUUCUACCUGAAGGAUUAAGAACUCCAAAGGGGAAAGGCAGAGCUGCAACGAGAAGUCCAGAUAGUCCAAAAACUCCCAAAUCUCCUUCAGAAAAGACACGGUAUGAUACAUCACUUGGUCUUCUCACAAAGAAGUUUAUUCAGUUGUUAAGCCAGUCUCCUGAUGGUGUGGUAGAUUUGAACAAAGCAGCAGAGGUCCUUAAGGUACAAAAAAGGAGGAUUUAUGAUAUUACCAAUGUUCUGGAAGGCAUUCAUCUAAUUAAGAAAAAAUCCAAGAACAACAUUCAGUGGAUGGGCUGCAGUCUAUCUGAUUUUGGGGGCAUGUUGGCACACUGUCAAGGCUUGUCGAAGGAGGUAGCAGAACUCAGCCAGGAAGAAAAGAAGCUGGAUGAGUUAAUCCAAAGCUGUUCUCAUGACCUCAAGCUGCUAAGAGAAGAUUCUGAGGAUCGGAAAUUAGCAUAUGUUAGGUAUGAAGAUAUUCAAGAAAUUAGGAAUCUUAAAGACCAAACUGUCAUACUUGUCAAAGCUCCUCCAGAAACAAAACUUGAAAUGCUUGAUCCAGAAAAGAAUAAGCUGAUACACUUAUGUAGUACUCAAGGACCUAUUGAGGUGUACUUGUGUCCAGAAGAAAGAGACUACUCCAGUCGAAUAAAAACUCAGGAUCAGGAUCACAAUGGAAAUAUCUCAAGAAACAUUUCCAAAGACCUGAACUCUGAUAACUCCAGAGGUCCUGACUGUUUGGAAGAUGCAACUGCCAUCUCCCCAUUAGUUUCUACCACUAACCUUUUGCAGCAGACAGAGGACCAAAUUACUUCAAGUUUUGAUGGGCCAUUUGUAAACUUGUUGCCACCUUUACUUCAUGAAGACUAUCUGCUUGGCCUUGAUGAAGAAGAAGGCAUCAGUGACCUUUUUGAUGCUUAUGACUUUGAAAAAGUACCUGCAUUGAUGGAUGGAUUUUUAUGCAGCUGAUUUUUUUUCUAUUUCCUUUUUAAAAGUGAAACCAGAAUACCUGCUGACAUUCCACAUUCUCUCUCCUCUUAAUCUCUUAACCCUUAUUCCAUUUCAAGGAUUAGAAAUUAUAAUGUUUGAUAUUUGUAUGGAAAUAUUACAUAGAAUAGUACAAACAGAGAAUGGCAGACUUUCUUAUCAGAGUUACCUUAACUUCAAAUUCAGGCAGCUACUGAUUUGGCAAAUUAUAAAAGAACACAACACAGAAAUGGGGGAAAUGGUUAAGCCUAUUUUAUUCUGGUUUACUGUGUCUAUAAGCUUCAUGAAGGGCUAAAGAACUGUUCUAACCACAAAUAGCAUUUUUUUCCUUACUAUUUCAAGCUGUGCCUUCUGUAGAACAUAUAUGUUCAGCUUUUUGAUUCAAAGAGUACAAAGAUAAAGAAGUACGUUUGAGACACACAAACAAAAAUGUGAAAUAGACUUCUUCCAAAGUUAUCUAGAAAUAUUUAAAUUCUUAUCUGUGCUCUAUUUUUGAGCAUUCACCUAUCGCUGAGGACAUUAAUAGCCUCAAAUAAUUUUUAAUAUGAAAUAGGCUUUAAAGAUGUUGCUAUCCAAGGGAGAAUGGAGGUGGUGACCCAAGUCAACACAGUGUGUCUGGGCAACCUCUUAGUAACCUUAAAAAAAGACAAGUUGUGUGUAUCAGCUGUUUUAGAAAGAAGGGAGAGUAGGCAGUGUAGAUUGGCUUCAGCUUCAAGCUCUCCUUAAAGAACAGUCAUUUUACCUUCUUUCCAAAGAGCUAGACUUAUACAGCCCAUGUUUGUAUUUGGCUGGUGAACUGCACAUAGUAUCAGGUUCUGCAGGUAGUUGUCAACCCACUUCACCUUCAGAUGACUGAGGGUGAUAAUUUUCCCCAUGCUAGAAAGAAAUCUUGUACUGAGGAAGUCACUUGCUAUAUGAAAAAACAAAGGUGCACAGUUCAAUAUCACUGUCUGCAACGUGCAAUAGAACUGGUACAUAAAGUUUCUGGUACGAAGUGGGGCUCUUUGUUAAGUGCCUACUAGAAUUGCACUGUGGGCUUUUUUUUUUUGCUAAGAAAUACUAUUUAAGCCAAACUUCACUUUUUCAGUACACUGUGUUUAUUUGAGAAGGUUAGUUGGCUCUACUUCCAGUUUUGGAAGUUGAUACAAAGCUGACAUUUCACCCAAAGUGUAAAUAAUAUGCUUGUCAAGACUCUCUUCACUGAAUUUUAAUUUAUAACUCUUUGCUGAUAUAAUGUGGUUUCUGAAAAUGAAUAGAAUUCAUACAUACAUACAUACAUACAUACAUAUAUAUAUAUAUAUAUAUAUGAAAUAUUGUCACUUUGGUUAAUUAGUUGAAUAGUUUAAGCAGUAUACAUUACUUUUUUCUACAUGAUUAAAACAUUUCUGAAAUGUUUGUUUUAAAUAAUAUAUGUGCAGGUUUUCUGGUACCAUUGAAAUGCUGCUAUAGACACUCACAAAUGAAAUGGCUGAGUAAUAGUAUGAGAGUUGUACGAAUGAGCCUUGGAAAAUAAUUGUGUAAAAAAAGGCAACACAUUAAGAACUGUUAAACAGUAUUACGUGUGUUUUAUAUGUGUACAAACAUGUGCAUAGUUCAUUGGUUAUUUAAGUUGUGUGUUCUUAAACUAUGGUCAUAACAGUUUUGUACAAUAGGAAUGAAUUUGUAAAGCCUGCAGAGUAUUUUAUAGUUCGCUUGUUAUUUCUUAACCUCCCCCUCACAAAACCUUAAACAUGAAUCUGUAAAUAAAAAUGUAGUAUUUAAAUAUGUCAUAUGGAGGAACAUAGGAGUUUGUUUGCGCAUGAAUGCUUUUAUUGUAUGAAGGGGAUCUCUGGGUAGAAUAAAAUGAAAGAAAAAAAUAAAAUGCCGUUUUGUACAAGUUACAUAUUUCCCAGUGUAUCAGCAAAAUACUAACCUUAAUAUACUUUGACUAGUAUGUUAGUUCUAAAAAUGUAUAAAAUAAUGUAAAAAAACAAACAAUUUUUUCAUUUGCAAAGGCAACCUGUUCUAUAGCUGGGACCUUGUCUUAUUAAAUGUAACUGACUUUUUAAAUGGUAAUCAAUAAAGCUUUAUAUCAAUACAUACUGUA